AUGCCCAGGGUCAACAGCUAUGCGCCAGCCUGGCUGUGUCGGCCCUCGCCUGGCGCCGACCUCUUUACCAGCAGUUCCGUGAAGGACCCUGCGCAGGACCUGCAGAAGGAACCCAACCCUUUUGCGGACAGCGGAGCGACCAGGACCGUCGCAAAGAGAGGGAAUGAAGUUUUCGCUGUGGUUGACAAUGAGAUCCGCUGGUCGAACCUGACGCAUCUGAAGGACCAAUGGCAACAACAGGCGAGACAGAAGAAGAACAAGCAGCACACAAAUGGCUCUAGUCCUCCAUCCUACAGGGUUCUGGCUGUGCCCGUCUACGGGCUCAUCAAACAGAUCCUUCCCUCGCCGAAUGGCGCCUUCCUGGCUAUCGUCACUGAGCACACCGUUCACAUCUCCGUUCUCCCCGACUCCUCGCAUCUGUCGUCCACAGAUACAUCUCCGAUCCGAUUGAAGACCUACCAGCUCGGCCCAACCACCCAUGUCAUCCCAGAAGCACCCGUCGUGUCUGCACUAUGGCACCCGCUAGGCCUGCACACCAACCUUGGUGGGUGUAUCGUCACAAUCACUGCGGACGCCGCUGUGCGUGUAUGGGAGCUGGACCGAAACAACCAUUGGUCUUUUGACCAGCCGACUUUGGCUGUAGAUCUGAAAAAGUUGGUCGAUGGCACCUCGUCCGAUCAGGACUUUGCGCCCUCUGGAUUUGGCAAGAACAAGGGGUUUUCUGCAGACAUCUUCGAUAUGGAAGUCGCAUCGGCUUGUUUUGCUGGGAAUGGAAAUGACAGGGAGGAUGCUUGGGCGCCGAUGACUCUGUGGGUUGCCAUGAAGCCUGGCGACCUCUACGCGCUCUGCCCAUUGCUGCCGUCUAAGUGGCAAGCGCCAUCGGUGACAGUCCCUUCGCUUUCAUCGGCUAUCAUCCCAAAGAUGGCAGCUCUUGAAGAAGCGCCCGAGGACCUAGAGGAGGAGCUGAUCGCAUGCCGACAACAGUAUGACUGGCUGCGCGAGAUUGAUGAACAGGAGCCUCUGGACCCUCCUACCGACUCGGGUACAAUCCAAGGUGCGGAUGUAUUCACUCGUCCGACAAGUCCAAGCGCCAUUCCGCGUCUGCAAGGACCGUUCCGUUUUGAUACCGGAGACGAGCUUGAUGACUUGGACCUUUGCGAUAUUCUGGUCAUUGCUGCCAGGCUUAACGUUGAAGACCUGAUGAUGGGUGAGGACGAGGAGCUGACGGUGGAGACCAAUGACCAGGACAAGUUGUCGGCGACAGUCAUCUGCCUUACCAGCGGGAAUGGCCGCGUCCACAUCUGUCUAGAAUUGGAUGGCAUUGAAGGCCAAUGGCUUCCUAAGGCCAGAAAGAACGCAUUCCGAACGCCACUUUCUGAGCCCGCAGACUUGGUCUUGGUUGAAUCGUUGGACACCAUCAAGACGAGCGGCACAGAGACGGUCACCUGGCCUACUUUCACUAAGGACAUCCACUCUCGUUAUUCCUUCUUUGUAACGACCGCGACCAAUGUGGUGUUUUUCUCCAUGUCUUCUUGGGUGCAAAGAUUAGAGUCUGAAUUGCAGGCCGAGGACACGUCUGGCUCGGGCUUCCGGCUCCAAGUUCUUUGCAGUGGGAAUGUUGCCCAGAGAGAGCGGAUUUUACAAGUUUCAGACGCGGAUGUUACUGCCCAGAAAGGGCACCUCGCUGCAUCUCUAGUGUUCUACGACUUCGAUCUUGGAUACCUCCUUCUCACCUACCAUCCAUCUAAUCCGUAUGCAGCUGUCAUGGAAGCUCCAGAGGACACAUUUUCUGCAGCGAUGGAUUUGCGCUCGUACGAUCAAAACAAUACCGUGCCAGCAUCUCCUGCGCUGGUUCCCCGCCGGGCUCCCUACCAGGUUCCAGCUAUACUCUACGCAAACUCUCCACUGGAUUCUUUCAUCGAGAAGCACGUCCCGCACCGCCAACGACAUACGCUCAAGGAGCAUGUACGUCUGUCUCCUGCAACGCUCGACCUGGUUACCACGGCACACCGUGUCCUGUCGGCCCACACGAAUGCACUCGAACGAGCUGCUUCGGACUUGUUUCGCCGGUGUGAGAGGUUGCAUGGUGAGAUGAAGGACCAGCUUAAGCAGCUUUCGGAUGUCGCCGAGCGGAUUAAGGGGGUGACGAGCGAGGUUGACGAAGACGGAAGUCGCAAGGAUGGCUCUAGAAGUGGGGAAGCUCUGAACAAGAGACUCCAGACUGCGAAGGACAAACAGAGCGAGCUUGUACAAAGAUACGAUGCGCUGCGAAAGAAGGUUCUCAAUUCUGGUGGCCGGCCGCUCAGCGAGAAGGAGAAGGCCUGGGUUUCUGAAGUCAACACCCUGUCCGAGUCUGUCGACAACAAUGCAUCCACGGGCGGCGAGGGCGAUCAACAACUCGCGCAGCGUUUGGAAACUGUCAAAAGUCUUGCCGUCGACCUCGUGUCCGAAACCAAAACCCUUGCAGCCAAGGCGUCUUCACCCCCCGAGCCCGGAAGCCCCUCUUCUCCGGCUGGCUCUCAACCCAAGGUGCCACAGCGACUUCAGCGUGCUAAGAUUGCUGAUGCGAUGAGAAUGGUUGAGCGAGAGUCUGCGGUCAUCGACGCCAUCACUUCUCGUCUGGAGCGGCUCAACACGAGCUUGUAA